AUGAAGAACCGCAGAUCCUUCAUGGUGAUGUAUCGCAACUUCCGCAAGUACAAUCUUCCCGAUCCUAACGGCACAAAGCCCACCACCACUGUCGCCGGUAAUGCCGCUUCCGGUGGUGCCGACGGCAGUUCUGGUGCUGCUGUCGUUGAAACUCCCGUCAAGAAGAGCUCCUGCGCCAGUCAUCGGACUGUGAGCGAGAACAACCUGGCUCUCAGCCAACUGGGAUAUUCCACGAGGGGUGCUCUGCGCGCCAUUCGUCUGCUGCAUGUUCCACUCUUCGCGGUCCGAGAUGGGGUCAGCAGUCCUGGUGCUGGAUGCAUCAUUCUGGAUGGCAACCGGUGA